CCCAGCCAGUGUAACGUGGUGUUCCGUGAGGGGAGGAGCAUCACCCGUAUCAAUUCCUCCCCAAGUAGUGUGUGUCUGAAAAAAAAUGUAAAUGAGAAGGAAUACGAGAAAGAAAAGAACAAGAACGAGAAAGAGAUAGAUAAAGAAAGAGAGAAGUGAGGGAGAACUUAAUAAAUGAGUGAAUAAAAGAAGAGAAUGAGGAAUGAGAUGAAAGAUAUGAGUGAUUGAAUAAAGGGAAGAGGGAGAUAAAGAAAGAAAGAAAGGAAGGAAGGAAGGGACUACUUGAAAGAGAGAGAGAGAGAGAGAGAGAGAGAGAGAGAGAGAGAGAGAGAGAGAGAGAGAGAGGGGUGAAUCAACGACCAAUAAAAAAAAACGGAAUGAGUCAGAGAUAAAAAAAAAAGAAGGAAAAAGAAAGAAAGAAACGUGAUAAAAAAAAGGAAAAAAAAAUAAGAGUAAGUAAAUGAAAGCCAGACAGAGAGAAGAUAAAGAUUGAAGAGGAAGAAAAAGGAGAACUUCAUAAAAAUCAAAGAAGUAAAAGGAAGAAGGAAAGAAAAAGAGUAAAUGAGUGCAUAGAUUAAAAAAAAAAAGGUGAAUACACGAGUGACUGAUAAAUAAGAAACAGACGGAAGGGAAACAGAAAACGAGAAAAAUUAAGAAGGAAAGAAAGAAAUAAAAGUGAAUAUAUGAGUAACGGAUUGGAAAAUUUAAAAAAUGAAGGAAAAAUGAAGAAAGAUAAAAACUAAAAUAAAAAAAGAAGAACCAAGUAACUCAUAAAAGAAAGAGAGAGAGAGAGAGAGAGAGAGAGAGAGAGAGAGAGAGAGAGAGAGAGAGAGAGAGACGGAAACAUAAAUUGAGUGAGUGAGCGAGUGAGUCAUUUUUUGAUCAUUCUGACGCACCACCACCACCACCACCUCCACCGCCAUUAUGAGGUUCUUCAAGAAGGACUCCCCCCCCACCCCCGGCCAAGCAAAGGGGGGCCGGCAUAACAACAGCAACAACAACAACAACAACAACGACGUGGGUGUUAUUGCAGACCAUCGCAAAGUGUCGGAAAUGCUGUUUUUAUCGAAGAAGGAGGAGAUAAAGGGUACGAUAGCAGCGGUCUAAUCUGCUUCACUCACCAGCGGGCUGUAGACGUAGUAGUGGUGGUGGUGGUGGUGGACAGAAAUUCCAUCUUCUUCGUCCACUGAAAUAGAGAAAUGUGUAGAAUAUUAAAAAUAACGAAUAGUAGAAUGAAACAGUGUGAGGUAAACUUCAACUGAAUUGAGGGAGAAUGAAAAAGAACGUGAUGUAAAUUGAAGUUGUUGAAAAGACCUACCAGUGAGAUGGAAAGGAAAAGAAAUGCACUUGGAAUAGAGUAAAGAUCGAAGGAAUGGAUUAAUAAGAAAGAAAUAAGAGAAAAUGAAGCAAUAUAAAAGAGAAAAGAUGGAAGAUAAGAAUAACAAAGUGUUCGUUAAACUUAACUAAACUCAAAGAAUAAAAAAAGAACAGAGAGAAAGAGAAGGAUAAGGAAUUUUGACUUGAGUGCGUGAGUGAAUACUGUUACUACUAUUAUUUCUGCGACUGCUACUACUCCUACACUAACCACCAUCAUGUAUCACUGGCAGAUCGAGGGAAGCAAGAAGACCUCGGUGGAUGACAUGGUCCUUCUCACCAAGAUUACCGAGGACGCCAUCACGGACAACCUGAAGAGGCGCCUGAUGGAGGACAAGAUCUACACCUACAUAGGACCAGUGCUGGUGGCGGUGAACCCCUUCAAGCAGCUGCCAUACUUUGGGGAAAAGGAGCUGGAGAUGUACCAGGGGGCAGCCACAUACGAAGUGCCCCCUCAUAUCUAUGCCGUGGCUGACACUAUGUACAGGAACAUGCUCAUCGACUCGGACAACCAGUGUGUUAUCAUCAGUGGUGAGUCAGGGGCAGGCAAGACAGUAUCAGCCAAAUUCAUAAUGAACUACAUCACCAAGGUGUCACAGGGCAGUUACAAGGUGCAGCACAUCAAGGACAUCAUUCUGGAGUCCAACCCGCUGCUGGAGGCUUUCGGGAAUGCCAAGACUACCAGGAACAACAACUCCUCAAGAUUUGGAAAGUAUAUUGAAAUCCAAUUCUCAAGGGGUGGUGAACCUUUAGGAGGCAAAAUCUCGAACUUCCUGCUGGAGAAGUCUCGCGUUCACUCUCUGAAUGAAGGAGAGAGGAGCUUCCACAUCUUCUACCAGCUGUGUGCAGGCGCCACCAAAACCAUGGUGGAGCAGCUGGGCAUCACCACACCUGACUAUUUCCAGUACUUAGCCCAGAGUGGUGUUUACAAGGUGGAUAACAUGAAUGAUGCACAUGACUUCCAGGAGACGCUGAAUGCCAUGAGUGUGAUGGGUAUAGAGGAGGACACUCAAAUGGACAUCCUGCGCAUCGUGGCAGCAAUCCUGCACAUGGGCAACAUAACCUUCGCUGAGAAGGGGAAUGCCGCAUACAUUGUCAGCCCUGACUACCUACAGUAUCCUGCCUACCUGCUGGGGGUGUCUGCUGAGUCUCUAGGGCAGAAGCUGGUGAGCCGAGUGUUUGACAGCAAGUGGGGCAGCCAGUCAGAGCGGGUGGAUGUGACGCUAAACAUGGAGCAGGCACAGUUCACCCGCGACGCCUGGACUAAGGGAUUGUACGCUCGGCUCUUUGAUUAUAUUGUGGAUAUGAUCAACCAAGCAAUGAUGACUGACGCCAAUCUCAUUAACCUGGGCAUCCUGGAUAUCUAUGGGUUCGAGAUCUUUGGCAAGAAUGGUUUUGAGCAAUUCUGCAUCAACUAUGUCAACGAGAAGCUGCAGCAGAUCUUUAUUGACCUGACCCUGAAGAGUGAACAGGAGGAGUACAACGCUGAGGGCAUACAGUGGAAACCAAUCAAGUACUUCGACAACAAGAUCGUGUGUGAGCUGAUAGAGAGCAAGCGCCCCCCUGGAAUCAUGAGCAUCCUGGACGACACGUGUGCCACCAUGAGCGCCAAGUCCGAGGGUGCUGAUGAGGACUUCCACCGCAAAAUGGAGAGCCUGGUCGGCACACACCCUCACUACCAGAAGUUCAACCAAGGUUUCAUGAUCAAACACUACGCUGGAAAUGUGUCCUACCACAUCGACAGUUUUUGUGAGAAGAACCGUGAUGUUCUCUUCUCUGACAUUAUUGAGGUCAUGCAGAGUAGCACCAACCCCUUCAUCUGCAGCCUCUUCAAUGACAGCGCCCAGACAGGAGCUAUGGGCCGGCCUCCAGUAGGGAACACGAAGGCAAGACAUGAAGCUAAGGGCCGCCCAACCACUGCAGGCAUGAAAAUCCGUACCCAGGCCAACGAACUGGUCACCACGCUUACCAAGUGUGUGCCGCACUACAUUCGCUGCAUCAAACCCAAUGAGACGAAGAAGCCUCAUGAUUGGGACAGCCAAAUGGUGAAGCAUCAGGUGGAAUAUCUGGGACUGAAGGAGAACAUCAAGGUGAAGCGGGCUGGGUUUGCAUACCGGCGCCCUUUCCACAAAUUCCUGCAGCGUUAUGCCAUCCUGUCCUCCCAGACAUGGCCAAACUGGCAUGGCAGCCCCCAAGAGGCCAUCAAUGUCAUCAUGGCCACUAUCAACAUGGACACAGAGCAGUACCAGAUAGGCAGAACUAAGGUGUUUAUUAAGGACCCCGAGUCUCUGUACAUGAUAGAGGAGUGCCGGGAACGCAAGCUGGACCACUACAUCAGGGUGAUUCAGAAAGCAUUCAGGAAGUUCUUCUGCAAGCAGAAGUCCAACAAGGUCGCAGUGGAGGCAAGUCAACUUUUCCUGAAUCGCAAGGAGAGGCGCGAGCACUCCCUGAAUCGAAAUUUCCACGGUGAUUACAUAGGCAUGGAUUUCCGCCCAGCGUUGUCUGCUCUCAUACCUCGCAGGGAAAAGGUCAUCUUCGCUCUCACUGUGGACAAACUCGAUCGGCAAUUCAGGAAGAGUAAACGUGAGCUUAUCUUGACCAAGGCAGGCCUAUACUUGAUAGGCUGGGUCAAGGUCAAAAAAGGUCCCGAGAAGGGCAAAGUCGUGCAGUCCCUUAAGAGGAAAAUCGACCUGGAGAAUGUGACGCAGGCAACCCUCUCCACCCUGCAAGACAACCUGGUGGUGAUUCAUGUGCGGAACGACUACGAGAUGGUGGUGGAGGUGGAGUUCAAGGCAGAGUUUAUCAUGCUUCUCAACCGCAAGCUAAAGGAACAUCACAACCGGGAACUCCCGCUUAACUUCACCAACAACAUCACAUACUCCGUAAAGAAGAUGCGAUGGGGCAUGAACUCUCAGAAGAAGCUUGUGUUCACCACUGGGACAAGCAGGGAACCUGGAUUCACUUCCUCAGGCAACACCCUCACCAUCAAGGUUCCUCCCGGACUCCCAAGCUCUACACAGCCAACUGGGCAGAGAGUAAUCACCCCAGAUAUAAGAAUACUGGCAACCACAUAUAUGAAGCACAACAAAUUGCCAUCUGCACUGGGUCAAAACAAAUUCCUGCCGUCCAACAACCACAACAGCUUCUCUGCCUCCCACCCCGGCUCUGCUGCAGGGACCCACAGACCAGCAUCAGGCUUCCCUCCCAAACCCACAGGCAAUCCACCCAGACCACCUCCUAGCACUGCAUCACUCUUCCCCCCCAAGACCCACACUGCCUCCCCCAGCUGCCUCCCCACAGUUCAGCCCCAUUAAACCUCCCAUGGGUAGUGGCAGUCCCCUGGCAACACACAAUGGUAGCGCCAGUAAAGGUGGUGGUGGUGGUGGUCAGCCCAUGAUGCCAUCACAACCAAGGAACAUCAAUAGAAAUCUGUCCUUCAACAACCCAAGUCCCAUCAGACCUCCCAUGUCUCAGAUCAGACCCCCGCCACCACCAUCAGACCCGCCACCAGAGGACCAGCCAACUGUAGGGAUCAGACCACCUUUUGGCAUCAAACCACCUGUCCCCAUAAGCAAACCCAAGCCCAAGAAACCACAAGUGCGCGCACUAUAUGACUAUAAUGCCAUGGAUUCUGACGAGAUGAGCUUCAGUGCAGGGGAUGUCUUGAACCUGGAGAAAGAAGACCCAAGUGGAUGGUGGACCUGCAGCAAGGCGGGACAUGAAGGCCUCUGCCCGGGGAACUACCUGGAGAAGAUAUAGGAGGACACCUAACUGCAGAUGUCAUGAAGGAAACACCUCACUGGUGAACUCAUUAACAACAGGAUGUGGCAGUAGACAUAUUCUUCCUGUGACCAAAAUAGAGGAAGUUAUGUGGGAAGAGAAGAGAAGAACUACCUAGAGAAGACACAGGAGGACACCUUACUGAAACAGCUCACUGAUGAACUUGAGACAGAGGAAGGGAUAUGCACAAAGAGAGGAGGAGGAGGAGGAGGAUGUUACUUCUUCCCCACAUCAAACAGCUUGGAAAAUCAAGUUAUGACGUAUGGUAGAUGAAGUUAGUCCCUCCCUUGUCAAAAACACAGGGAGAGUUUCUGAAAUAUGGAAGCUGAGAUUUAACUAAGAUUUACCUAACUGGUCUUUUUUUUUCUUCUUUUUUUAUGUGUGUAACCUUGGUGGGUCUACAAUGCCACACACUGCAAGGCAACAACAAUACAACCAUACAGUCAUUACAGCCACCAUCAUACGGUCUGUACAUAUACAAAAAAGGAAAUAAUUUCUGUUGAUUUGUGGCCAUAUUCUUCAAACACCUUGGCAUUUCUUGUCAUGAUUGCUUUAAACUGGUCUUAGAGGAGGUCAGUAUUGGAGUCUUUAGGGAUAGUUUUCAUGAUUCUAGUGUGUGUGUGUGUGUGAGAGAGAGAGAGAGAGAGAGAGAGAGAGAGAGAGAGAGAGAGAGAGAGUAAUAUAUGAAAAAAGUAGCAAUCAGAUAAAAACGUGGGUGAUAUGCCAGAAAUGAAUAAAUAUAUAUAGAAAAAAUAUUAUGGGGGAAAAGGAGACACAAGGAUAGGAGAAACAGGAGGUGGAGGAAGAAGAGAAAGAAAAAAAGUUGUGGUUUUGCAGAAAUAAAAAGAAAGCAAAGUAGAAAAGAAACACUAGUUGAAGGAGAUCAAUAUAUAGAGGAGAUGGAAGAAGAGAAAGGGUUAUGAGGAGAUAAAGAGAAGAAGCAACACAGAAAAGUGAAUUAAAGAACAAUAUAAGGAGGAGGGAGGAGGAGGAGACCUUGCUAAGGUUACAUAACUCCACAUUUUGAAUAAGAGAAACACCCAUGAAAGACUUAAUUAAUGUCCUCUGUGGCCUUUGGAAACAGUGUUUAUGUGGG